AAUUUGAGUAACCAGAUUGGAGGCUUUCGGCUGUGACGGAGAGUGCAGCCCUUUUCGUGUGAAAGAGUUCAGACUGUCGUGAAGUUUUUAGGAGACUUGUGUGCACUUUAAAAAGGGAAUUGCAGCUGGCGGUGACAGGGACAAGUCACAUCGAGACGUCUGACGAUUUUAAAAGCGAAAUCUAUCCAUUUGCAUUUCCUUAACUGCAAGUUUGGAAGUUACACCGCACUUUUUGAGUAACUGUGCAAACGUGUUGUUCCGUGCACGUUUCUGGCGUUGGUGGCGACCUAUUUAAUUAAGACUUUUUUGGAGUACCUGACAACAUUACACUCAACAGUUUUUUUUAUCAGAAUAACAAGGAUGUCCAGCCAUAGCGAAUCUCUUCGACCCAGGUUGUGUUCGCUGGAGAAAGGGGGGAAUGGUUAUGGUUUUCACCUCCACGGGGAAAAGGGGAAGACCGGUCAGUUCAUUCGGCUGGUGGAGCCGGACUCCCCAGCUGAAGCGUCGGGGCUCCGCGCCGGCGACAGGCUGGCGUUUGUCAACGGGGAAAGCGUAGAGAGCGAGAGUCACCAACAAGUGGUGUCCAGGAUAAGAGCAACAACCGGGGAUCUGAAACUGAUCGUGGUGGACCGGGAAACCGACGACCUGCUGAAAAAAUACAACCUGAAGUGCCAGCCGGAGUAUGUCACGUCGGGCAUCCCUAUACCGAGCGAGUCAGAGGAGGAGGUCGGGGAGAACGGCAGCCGACGGGGCUCUUCUCCGACCCCGGAGAAAAAUGGAGAUAUCACUGGCGAGAAAAAGCCGAGUGUCAGCUCCGAGAAGGAAUCUAAGACUGAACUCCGUCCUCGGCUUUGCAAAAUCAAGAAAGGCGUCUCUGGCUAUGGCUUCAACCUACACAGCGAGAAAUCCAAACCGGGACAGUAUAUCAGAGCCGUGGAUCCAGAUUCUCCUGCAGAGAAGUCCGGCCUGUUACCCCAGGACCGGAUUGUGGAGGUGAAUGGAUUGUCCAUGGAGGGGAAGCAGCAUGCAGAGGUGGUAGCGGCCAUCAAAGCUGGCGGCGAAGAGACGACUCUCCUGGUGGUCGACCCCGACACGGACACGUUCUUCAAGAAGUGCAAGACCAUCCCCGCAGAGGCCCACCUUACAGGAGCUUUGCCAGAGCCUGUUGUCAAUGGAGAUGUUGAAGAUAAGGCCAAUGGCAAGGUGGCUAAGGAGCCAGAGCCCAAGGUGUCGGUCAGCCCGACGUCUUCUAACGCUUCCUCCAACACAUCCCUCACAGGGAUCCCUGCCAGCACACCCACCCCAGAGGUGAAGCCCGCGGAGAAGGAGUCUGGAGGCGACCCGGCGCUGAGCCUCACCAUGUCUCUGCAGCAGGCCAAGGAGCGGGCGCAUCAGAAGCGCUCCAACAAGAGGGCGCCGCAGAUGGACUGGAGCAAGAAAAACGAACUGUUCAGCAACCUAUAAAACUGAAGCCGCCGGCUUCCUGGGUUUUUCAGACCAGCACAGAUCUGUUCUUUUUCAUGAUUUCUAUCCCCAAAUUGAAAGACAAAGUUUAAUUUUUCACCUUUUUUUAAUACUCAUGUGAUAUUAAGCAUUCGAUGAAGAAGAGAAGACAUUCGCAGUAUUUCUAAAAAAAAAUGUGAAAAAAAAUCUAAGAAAUUAUCGGAAGAGAAUCUAUAUAUAUAUACAGUAUAUAAAUAUAUAUCAAUAUCAUAUGUAAACGAUCAAUAUAGUAUUUUGGUGAAAAUGAGUUGUGAGAAUUGUUGAGAGCUAAAAGUGUUCAAAAGCCCUAGGGCUUUUAACCACUGUGUAUUGGAAUGGAACCACUGUGUGCUGAUCACUCACGCCCUAUCGAAGGAUUGUGUUGAAUGUGUGCUCUUUGUGUUUGAGGAGUUCUUGGAGCAGGACCUCGUAUUUCAUAACCUUUAUUUUUGUAGAAAUCUCAUUUUCUGUUAUUUAAGCUAUAUUUAAGACCUUGCUUGCAGGGUCUCGGUAACAUUUUGACUCGUCUUUCCCUUACUUUUUUUUAAUUGAGCCAUGCUUUCUUGGAUAAAGUAACACGCCCAGCCACUCCCAGUCCGUAGGACAGCCACUAUUUCUUUCUUUUCCGUUGAUGAAAGUUCCUUGAAAUUACUGAGCCGACUCCUACCCCAUGUUUUGUUUUUUAUUUUUUAUUUUUUAAUGUGUAGGUUUAGGUGUUAGCAUCUGUUUAAAAACAUUUUAAGAUAUUUUAAAAUUUGUUUUAGAUUAAGUGUUCAGCCCUUACUGUGAUUUGGGACUGACUGAGUGGUUUCCUAGAGCAUCAAGAAUAGAAAUGGCUCACUUCAGAAACAGGUCUGGGGCAGAGAGGGGUUCAGUUCAAUUCAGUCACUGAUUGUUCAGGGCCGUCCUUUUAGAUUCCGCAGUGUGUGCUAGCAGCUGUAAUGAAAGAUUAAGAGCAAUGUUGAAUAAGAAAAAGAGAUUAUAGUGCAUGUUUAAAACGAAGUGAUGUGAUGUACAAGAAUUUAAGGAACAGCACAAGAAUGACAAGGAAACCAGGGGUGAUCACAUCAAAAAUUUGAAAAACUCCUCCACUGUGUGAAAUGUCCAUUUUACAGGAGGGGUUAUUGUGGGCAUUUUUACAGUGCAUCCUACAGAAUCAUCUGUUUUUAAUCUUCUGGAGAGUUCUGAUAUUGUGUAUAUAUAUGGAAUGCACAUUUAAUUUUCUGGCAGUAUUUGCUAAUCCACUAUAUCAUUUCAGCAUUUGAACAUGCCUGUGUGGCUGCAGAACUGGAACUGUUCCCAUUCUGCCUUUGUAAUAUUUAGUUACAGUACUUAUUGCUUGUUUUUCACAAUCUACAAAAGUUUGACAGUAAUACCAUUACAGUGUCCAAUAACUCAGUGAAAGAGCUUACUGUAGGUUUUCGUUUUAACAGUACUUUGAUAAUAAACCCUUUUCUCUGCACAGUAUGGUAAUUAAAAAAAAAUCUAACUAAUGAAAACAACUUUGGAAGUGAUCUGAAGAAGCUCAUAAAUGAACUUUUUUUUUGCCUUACUUAGGUAAGGGUAGCUAUUGUUUUUUGACAAUCAAACCACUGGAACACAAUGGUUGUUGGACCAAAAUUGGACUGUUGAAUUUGUUUUGUCAGCUUUACCCAACCCAAGGCUCGCAGCAAUUGAUAAAGUAACCAAAAACAAAUAUACUGUGGUGUUUUUGAACUUGUCCUGUGUUCACUUCUUAUGUGGAAUUAUCUUUGGUUUGUUUUUUUUUAUGUUUUUUCCUAUUGUCUUGAAAAUUGAGAGAUCAUUUCUACAUUUUGUUUUCAAUAAAUUUCUAGAUUAGUGAAAUAAGUAUUUUUGUUGCGGUUAAGUGGUGUUAAAUGAUGCUUUUGCUUAUUUUUCAAGUUUCUCUUAGUCUGGAGAUUAGUAAGGAACCUACCACAGCACUGCAAGGCUAAAUUUGUUUGCCAACAUUCUUGUUAUGAGUUAAAUUUUAGGACAGUGACAGGGAGACUGUAUUAUUUGUAUAUUAAUGAGAGGAUUAAUAAAAUUUAGAUGAAAUCCAUAAA